CCCAGUGGUCGGGCAUGCAUGUGUUGGAGCUCACUCUCAGCAGCUAACUUGGAGCAGCCUGGAUGGAGCACUGCCGUGUGCUGGAUGGAGAACCUGUGGACUGACAGCAUCGUUCUGCACUGACUGGAAACCCUCAGCAGCCUGUUUUACCAUGGAGUUUGGAAGAGUUUGGUCCCGAUAUCAGAGGACGGUACUGAUUACCGCGAUGAUGUUCAAACUGGGCCUACUGUGCACAGUAGCAGCAGACUCGUGUUUGUCAUCUCCCUGCAACAAUAAUGCCACAUGUCUUGACCACCUGGGUGACUAUGUGUGCGUGUGCCCCAAAGGACCGGUGUGGUACAUGGGGAAAAACUGUGAUGAGCUGUAUGACGCAUGUAUUAUGGCACCCUGCACCAACUGUACCAGCAAGCCUGGGACUGACAAGUUCACCUGCCAUUGCCCGGACGGCUUUACAGGGCUAAACUGCACCCAGGAUGUAGAUGAAUGUCAGAGCAACCCCUGCAAAGGUAACCAGUCCUAUUGUGUCAACGGAGUCAAUGGCUAUUCCUGCCACUGUCCCCUGGGAAUGGGAGGGCACGACUGCCAGGAGAAUGUGACUACUUGUUCAGAGAAAACAUGCCAGAAUGGAGGCACCUGUAUGGACAUCCCUGACAUUGGGCACAUGUGCCAGUGUGCGGCUGGGUACCAGGGGAGGAACUGUGAGGAAAACAUUGAUGAAUGCCUGUCUGAGCCCUGUCAGAAUGGAGCCAUCUGUAAAGACGGGGUUAACGCCUACCAGUGUUUCUGUGUGCCUGGAUUUCAAGGCUACCACUGUGACUUAGACAUCAACGAGUGUGCAUCUCGACCCUGUCAAAACAAUGGCACAUGUCUGGAUGAGGUGGAUCACUACAGGUGUGACUGCGCUCCGGGCUUCAAAGGGAUUAAUUGCGAGGUGGAGAUCGAUGAGUGCGAGGUGCAUCCCUGCCAGAAUGGCGCCACCUGCCGAGACCACAUCGCCACAUACACGUGUGAGUGCAUGGCCGGCUUCCAGGGUCAAGACUGCGAGGUCAACAUAGAUGAAUGUGCCAGCAUCCCCUGUUUGAAUGAGGGCAAGUGCAUAGAUGGGGUCAACAGCUAUGAGUGUGACUGUGAGGGGACGGGCUUUGUAGGCGACCACUGUGAAGAGGAUAUUCCUGAAUGUGCUUCUGACCCCUGCCAGCAUGGAGCCACUUGUUUGGAGGGGACCAACAAGUACAAGUGCCUCUGCUGGCCAGGUUACGAAGGAGAGAACUGCCAGCUGGAUAGAGAUGAGUGUGAGCAGCAUCCCUGUGAGAAUGGUGGCGAGUGUUUCCAGCGCUCAGAUAUUGUGAACUACGGAACGCUGCCUGAAUUCAGCAAAGCCAAUUUCAGCUAUGAAGAGGCAGCUGGCUUCAUCUGCCGCUGUUUGCCAGGAUUCACUGGAGACAACUGCUCAGUCAAUGUGGACGAGUGUGAGUCUGCUCCGUGUCAGCAUGGAGGAACCUGUCAGGACCUGGUUAACUCUUAUCAAUGUGUGUGUCCAGAUGGCUUCACAGGUGUACACUGUGAGGUGGACAUCAACGAGUGCGAGAGCGAUCCCUGCCAGAAUGGCGCCACGUGUGAAGACGCUGCCAACUCCUAUAGGUGUCACUGCCCCGUGCCAGAGCCUGGCCAGGAGCCUUGGGGUGGGCGAGACUGUGACGUCCGUCUGGUCGGCUGCCAACAGCACCAGUGUCAGCAUGGAGCAGGUUGCGUGCCCGCACUGACCGAUGAUGGAGAGCACAGCUACACCUGCCUCUGUCUGCCUGGCUGGACCGGAGAACGCUGCAACACCUCCACCACCUUCUCCUUCAACUCUGAGGGCUACAUCCACAUGCAGCUGCCUAUUUCAAAAAACAGGACAAAACGAGAGACUAAUCACGGGCUCCACAUGCAGCUCCGAUUCAGGAGCACUCUGCCCGACAUGGUGCUGUACUACCGGGGCAGCACGGAGCGCUUUGUCUCCUUGGAGCUUGUUGGAGGCUCCCUUAAGGCCAAGGUGAAGUCAGGGAAGGUACUGCAGGUCAUUUACCCUGGCCCAGUCAAUGACGGGGAAUGGCACCAGGCCACCGUGACCAUGGAUGAGAGGCUGGUUCUGGUUGUAAAAGGACCCGGCUGUGAGGAAGAGUGCCUGGUGAAAAAUGAGGGCUACAAUCAUCUCAUCUUCCUACAGCGCAGCUCCUUUCAACAUCUGUAUGUCGGAGGGGCACCGCAGGAAUAUUUGGCCCAAACGUCCAGCGGAACGGGGUUCAUUGGCUGCAUGCAAGACCUUCAAGUUGACCACAAGCUGCUUCUACCUCAGGAUCUCAUUAAAGAGGAGAACCAGGGCUUGGAAAUAGGAUGCAGCAAAAAUGAUUGGUGUCAAGAUGACCCAUGCAUGCAACGUGGGCAAUGUGUGGACAUGUGGGUUCGUCCCAGCUGUCGGUGUCAUCGGCCCUACUAUGGAGAAAGCUGUGGGAAAGAGUAUCCAUCCUGGACCUUCGGACAUGAGAACACCACCAGCUAUGCCGGCUUCAACAUCUCGGAAACUCAUGGAGACAACUUCACUAUCUCCUUUUUAAUGCGCUCCCUCAAACACAACGGUCUGCUCCUGCAACUCCGUCGAGAAGGAAAGCCCUACCUGACAGUUUAUCUGAAGGAGGGCACUGUAGCUAUUUACAGCCCUCACACCACUCUGCUGUCAGAGGCCAUGUUCGUCACUGACGGCAACAAUAAUUUAGUGACUGUACAGGUACAGUAUGGCCAUGUGGUCUACCCCAAAGCAGGGAAUCAUCGGGCAUUAGGGAAUGUGAGUGUAGAGGCAGGGGACGUGGUGUAUGUGGGAGGGCUCCCUGCAGGCAAUAGCAUGAAUGCCUGGGGUGGAAAUUUCAAGGGCUGCCUGCAGGACAUUCAGCUGGACCACAAGCAUCUGACCACUGAGGAUCACGCAGAGGGGCUGGAAGUUUACCAGGCAGGCCCAGAGGAGAACGUGCUGCCAGGAUGCCAAAGUGAUGACACAUGCAAGGAUCAGCCCUGUUUUAAUGGUGGACAGUGUCAGGUUACCUGGAAUGACUUCAAGUGCGACUGUUCCAUUAACUUCUCGGGCCGGCUGUGCGAGACACGUUUGUGGUGCGUCGACAACCCUUGUUCUGACGCAGUACGCUGUGUGGACCUACAGGACGGAUAUGAGUGUUUAACUGAAGCCAUUUUUCAGGACAACGCUCUUCAGUAUGUUUCCAACAGUUCCCUGCUGAGCCCUGUUACCAACAUCACCAUGGAUGUAAGGACGCGGGACGAGAACGGGAUCUUGUUGCGAGCCGGCAGCAGAGCCGAGGUCUUCUGCAUUGGUCUGCUCAACUCCUCCCUGCUGGUCAAACUGAACAGCGGGGCGAGUGCAGAGCUGCUGGCCUUCACAAGUGACAGAGCCAUCGCAGACGGAGCAUGGCAUCACAUCCAGCUGACCAUGGUCGAUCCCACACAGUUAGCAUCCCGCUGGCGCCUUACCGUCGAUGGGCAGAGAGUGGGUGGUAGCUUCGGCGUUGGCGGCAACCUUAACUUCCUGAAUGACACCAUAAUCUGGCUGGCGGAGAAGUACACUGGAUGUUUAGGGGAGGUGCGAGUGGGUGGAGUCUACCUGCCGCUCAUAAAUGUACCGGACGCCCCGCAGAUGAGCUGGUUCUCCAGAUUGGGUGGGCACGAGCCAAUCAUAGGAUGCCUAGGUGCACCGAUUUGCGAUUCCCAGCCCUGCCUCAACCAGGGUGUAUGCCAGGACCAGUUUAAUGAGUUUAACUGCAGCUGCAGCGCAGGAUGGGAGGGGGAACUGUGCGAGAUGGAGGUUAAUGAGUGUUCUUCAGGUCCCUGUGUCUACGGUACAUGUACAGACCUUCUGGCAGACUACCAGUGUGACUGUGAGCCUGGAUACACAGGGACAAACUGUCAGGAAGAGGUGGAUAACUGUGUGGAGUUCAGCUGUGUGAAUGGAGGAACCUGCGUGGACAGGUUGGGAGCUCACACCUGUUCAUGUCCUCCUGGCUACGUCGGCAAACGCUGCCAGUGGCGUUUCCCUCCAGUGGCGUGCGAUGCACACACAGAGUGUCUAAACGGAGGGGUUUGUAUAGGAGGCGACUCUGGAGGCAACUGCACCUGCAAGCCGGGAUACACGGGUGCCAGGUGUGAGACAGAAAUAGACGAGUGUGAGUCCAGCCCUUGUCUCAACGGUGCCACCUGUCUCGACAGACUCAACCACUUCCAGUGUGUGUGUGUGCCGGGUUUCAGCGGCACAAUGUGCGAGAGCAACAAAGCGGAGCCUAUGGAGCGAAUCCCCUGGCUGGUGGUGACCAUCCCCCUGAUCACCCUGUGUGUGUUACUGGCCAUCCUGGUGGUGUUUUGCCUCAUCAUGACAGCGCGGAAGAAGCGGCAGUCAGAGGGCACGUACAGCCCCAGCUCACAGGAGGUGGCCGGUGCCAGGCUCGAGAUGGGCAGUGUCCUCAAAGUGCCCCCAGAGGAAAGGCUGAUCUAAGGCCUGCAGCCCUGCCUCACAGCCUCUAUCUAUGUAAAGGGGCAGAGAGAACAUAAGGUCUGCAGUGUCACACUGGCGGGCCCUCCUGCCCUCUGAAGAAGUGAUGGAGGAUUACUCAGUCAGUGCGUUUACAUGCACAGCAGGAACCGGGGCAUGGUCUUACCCUUGUUAAGUGAAUAACCUGGUUAUGCCAGUUCUCCCUGCAUACAUAACGGGGAAGAAUGCGAAGAAUAACAAGAGUAACUCCACCUCCGGUAGAGUAGGUGGUACUCUACCAACGUACAACUGGUAGGAAAAAUCACAACAGCUUGGAAAGCAAGGAGAACAUGGACCAAUUUUCAGCGCUCUACAUUUAAUACAUUCUUCAUGCCUUACUUCUCGUACUGGCGUGGGUUUAAAGGUUUAAAGCUUGUGUUGUUGCUGUUGCUGUUUGGCGCUGUUGUUUCCAACUGCUCUCUUAUAUUUCCGUGCAACGGAGAGGGCAGGGGCUGCAUGUGCAGACGCAUAACCUGAGCUUACCCCGGUUAAGACGUAAACAUGCCCGAAUACCGCGGUUACUAAAGGAGUUCUCUAGGUCUGUUAACCGGGGGAAGAGAACUCUGAUUUUGGCCGGGUUUAGGUGAUUACAUGGCGUUUGAGUAACCGGGGCAUUGCCUUAACCCAAAUAUAAUCACUCAGGUUCUUAAACUGCAUGUAAACGCACUGAAUAAUGACUGAUCCUCCACCUGGAAAAACUACUGAUGUUGAAGUCUCACAGAUGUACGGUUAAAUAUGAGUGACAGUUACCCGAUUACUCAGGCUGUCCUGCUGGGGCGAGAGUGGUCAAAGGAUGCUCUGAUGCUGGACGCCCCCCCUUGAGGACAAUCUCAAGCUUCACAUGGGACCAAACUCAUGUGAGGACCAUGUGUACUAAAGAAAAGCCCUGUCUGUGGGUAUUAAGGAAUGUAUUCACACAGGCUGGAAACCACAGCAACUGAAACUCUCCGACACCCUCCAUAGGGGCAAGUAAUUCAUCAUUUAUGGUUUAGUCAAGCAAAACAUUCAAAACCUUCCUCUGCAGAUUGUGUUUUGCAUGAGAGGGGAACGAGGGAUGUGUAAAGGGAGAAGAAUACAUGUGAAAGCAAUUCUGUUAAACAGAGUUUAAUUUGCAUGAGUAUGAAUUGCAUAAUAUUAUCAGGGCGGCACUUUCUUCUUCACCAACAUACUCCUUGUAGUAUUACAUUGCAUUUACAAGGGGUGUCUGUUUAAAGGGAGAUUUUUUUUUUUACAGACAAACACUAAUUCAAUGCUUAUCCUGCAUGACUUCAACUCUUCUGCCAUGAUGUGAGCUAAUUUCAGCUUUUUUCUCUCUUCUGCCACGGUAAAUUUGUGUUUUUUUGUGUCUAUGAAUUUGGAAGAAGCAGUUGCAGGAAUGUAUUUUUGAUUCAAAACUCAUGUCAUCUUUUGCUGAAUAAGACAUUUUCAUUUUUUACAAUAUUGCCUUGAGCACCGUUGAUUUCAGGUGCUUAAUAUAGGCUAUAUAGAGUCCUUCUUGUCCGACAGGGAAAACAUUCUUAAGUUGAAGGCGGUACUCAUCUAUCAUGUGGAUGCAGGUUUUCAUUCACUCAGUUACCGAGUAACUUCUCUUUAUUCAAGCUGCUGCAGUCUGUGAAUGAAAAAAAGUCCCCCCCGCCAAAACCCUAACCCAUAGGAUGAAACAUGACUCCAGAACCCCCAACUUAACGUGCAGAGUGACAUCACUGCAGCCUCUGCAGGGGUCAACAACUGCUGUGUUAAUAUUUGCUGUAUUAUAUUGUCAAUGUGCACUGUACAGGCUAACCACUCUUCCAUUCUCAACCAUUCUUUGUCACUGUGUAAAUAUGCUGUGAGUGUUUUAUUAUAUAUUGUCUUUGUGUUGUGUAUAAUGUGCUGCAAAAGUUCAAGUCACUGUAUUUCCCUUUUUGUAAUAUUUUCAAAAAGAACGGUAUGUAAUUGUAGGAAUGUUAUUGCUGUGGUCUAACGUGUCACGUCAGCAUUUGUGGAAAUGUUCUGACACUUUAUUCAAGUGUCAGAAAAAAGAGAAUUCAGCGAAGAAUGUCUUCUUGAAUUGUAGCUAAUUUAAAGGAAUAAUUCAACAUCUUUAGAAUUCUACUUAUUCACUUUUUCCAAGAUCUAUAUUUAGAUCGCUGCCUUUUUGGUUUAAAAACAAAUGGGUCAUGACUUCUUGUUCUCUGAAACAAAUUAAUGUUGUUCACCAUUUAACAGUUCCAGCCCCUAACUCCCCCUAAACCACAAGUUCUCAUUUCUCAGUUUCCAUUUCUGUUCAUUUACAGAUUAAAUAAACAAGAUCCAAUGUGUUAAUUAGUGAACUUUACGGAACCAGGCUAGCGGUUUCCCACGGCUUCCAGUCUUUAUGCUAAGCUAGACUAACCACGUCAUAACAAAGCUAACUACUGAACACACAGACAUGAGACUGACAUCAAUGGCAGAAAGAGUGUAAAUAAGUGUUUUUCCCCAAAUGUUGAACUAUUUCUUUAAGUUUUAAUAUUAAUGAAACAUUGUCAAGUCA